UUUAUUUUUUUCGUUGUGCAAAAAAAUUAAACCGCAUAUGAAUUUUCUCUCUCUUCAAACUCUACAUCGUAGCUGCUCUUCAUCUCCUUCCUUCUCCUUGUAAAACCCUAAAUACUCUCUUCCGACAAAACCACCAUAUUGUAGUUGUAUCACCACCUCUACUCGGCGUUGCGGAUUUUCAAAUUGGGGGACUUCGAACCACCUCUUCUCCUCUGCUGCUGCUGUUAUUCUCGGUUUUGACAACAAUAUGAAUUUUGGAGCUUGAUGAAAUGUAGGUGGUGGUGGUUUUUGUUCACGAGAGGAUAGUGUAUUAGGUUAAGUUCGAACCCUUGAUGCCUCAAAAAGUUGGAUGAUUAAGAAGGCGUCAAUGAUAUUGAACCACUUCAACCAUUCAGCCUAAUUUCGCAGGCUUUUGUUUAUAACCCUUGUAUGUUAGCAUGGAAAUAUGAAAGUGGGGCCCUGGCUCAGGGACUGGAGUAAUUGGGAUUAAGUUGUUGUCUUUUCAAGUCGAAUUAGGAAUCCUAUACAUAAGCUAUAACAAAUGACAUUUGCAGAUUGUUCCCCUGUCGCCGGCUUAUCAAAUCUGGGCAGUUGACUCCUAUUAUGUCCGACCUGAAAUUAAUGUUACGAUUUUCUUUGGCUAUAAGCUACUUUGACAUCUAUUCUUUAUUAAUUUCCCCCUGUUUUUCUUGAUCUGCAUCCGUCAUUAUAAUUGCUAGAUAUAAACUUAGAAACCCGCCUUUUGCUUGUUUGAACAGAAGUCCCUAUCUAAUUAUUGGAUAGAAAUAUUCAUUUGCUUCGAUUGUUUGCACCUGUUGAGCAUCGCGUCGCCUCAUCCUCUUCAUUGUCAUUCAAUUUUCUUUCUUGCCUGUCUCUGUUAUUUCUAUUGUUCAUUCAAUUUUCAAACUCCUUGGUGCCGUAAAUCAUGGCACAGAUUCAUUUGAGAUUCUUACUGUGCAACUCCUUUUGGCCUCUCAAUUGCUCCUCCUUUCUACCAUUAUCUUCUUUCUUUUUGGGGCACAACCGGCUUCUGUGCUUCCUUCACAGUUAUUUAGCGACCCUACCAGAUUAGAUACACAAGAUGCCGAGGACAAGAGCCGCUGUUGCAGCAUCUACUGUCCCGGAUACAGAUGAGAAGGCCAGUGAAACAGAAAACGCGAUUGAAACUGAGGAGAAGGUAGAUUUGGAUGGAGAAAAUGAUCCAGAAGAAACAUUGGAGGAAGAGGUUGAGUAUGAAGAAGUUGAAGAGGAAGUAGAGGAAGAGGUGGAAGAAGAGGAGGAGGUAGAAGAGGAGGUAGAAGAGGAGGUGGAAGAAAUAGAGGAAGAAGAAGAAGAAGAAGAGGAAGAAGAAGAAGAAGAGGAGGAAGAAGAGGCUGAUGGUACUGAAAAAGCGGGUGAUACUGACAUCGAUAUGGAGGAAGGGGAUGAAAAAAAGAAGCAUGCUGAGCUACUUGCACUUCCUCCUCAUGGUUCAGAAGUUUACAUUGGUAACAUACCUCAAGUUGCUACCGAGGAUGACUUGAGGCGUUUUUGUGAAUCUAUUGGAGAAGUCAUGGAGGUGAGGAUAAUGAAAGGCAAAGAACCAGGUGAAAACAAAGGCUAUGCUUUUGUGAUGUUCAGGACCAAGGAGUUGGCCUCUAAAGCUAUGGAGAAAUUGAAUAAUACUGAACUGAAGGGCAAGAAAAUAAGGUGCUCCUCAUCACAAGCCAAGCAUAAGCUCUUUAUUGGUAACAUUCCUAAAACCUUGGGAGAAGAAGACUUAAGGAAUGCGGUUUCAGAGUUUGGGCCUGGAUUGAUUGCCAUUGAACUCCUGAAGGACCUACAAAAUUCUAGUCGCAACCGUGGGUUUGCAUUUAUUGAGUACUACAAUCAUGCAUGUGCUGACUAUGCUAGACAGAAGAUGUCAAAAGCUGAUUUUAGGCUUGGUGAUAAGUCUCCUACAGUCAGUUGGGCUGACCCUAGCCCUAAGAGUUCAAAUGCAGAAUCUUCUGCAGUGUCUGAGGUUAAGGCUGUCUAUGUCAAGAAUCUGCCUAAAGAUGUCACACAAGAUAUGUUAAAGGAGCUGUUUGGUAGACAUGGGAAAAUAACCAAAGUUGUGUUGCCACCUGCAAAAGCCGGGCAAGAGAACAGCAGAUUUGGCUUUGUGCAUUUUGAAGAUAGGUCAAGUGCCUUGAAAGCUGUGAAGAACACCGGGAGAUGUGAACUUGAAGGUCAAGUUCUAGAUUGCUCUUUGGCAAAGCCACAAACUGAUAAAUCAUCACCAGGGGCCAAUCAUCAGAGAUCAGCUUUGCUUCCUGGUUACGGGUCUCGUGUUGGCUAUGGUAUGUUUGGUGGUGCAUAUGGUGCUGUUGGUGCAGGAUAUGGUGCUCCAGGCCUAACUCAACCACUACUUUAUGGCGGCAGGAGUGCAGGUCCUGCUGGUAUGGCAAUGAUGCCGAUGCUUCUACCAGAUGGAAGGGUUGGAUACGUACUGCAACAACCUGGAGUACAUCCACAAACCCCUCCUCCACUACAGCAACAUAGAGGUGGAAGAGGAGGUGGUGGUAGUAGGGGGGGCUCCUCUAGUGGGGGAAAGCGUGGUGGUUAUAAUGGUGGACGGGGGCGGAGUCGUUACAACCCUUACUGAGAUUGAGUUUGAGGCCUGGGCCUGCUAUUCAAUCUGGAUGACUUGAAUCUCACGUUUAUUUACUUUAUGGUUAGGAUUAUAGGAAUUCUGUACUUGACAAAUGAAUUCAUCCUAUAUUAUCUUGUUGUAUAUUUAUUUGAUUUAAUGUCACGUUUAGCGAUAGCUGGCUUGGUUCACAAACGGUGAUAAUGAAGCCCUAGUUGAUGUUCUUUUGGGGCAGGGUAAGGGCUCAGAGGGUCUCGUUGCAUCACAGUGAACGAUACCCUCUAAGGCUCCAAUCUUGUGCCACAAUGCUUGAUAUUUGUUCAAAUCUGUAAAACUUUUACUAGUUCAACAAGCUUAUUGUUAUACUCAAUAUUUUUUUUACAA